GAGUGAUUGAGAAUCACACUCGGCCCGCGAAGGGUCAAUCGUCCACAGAGCUUGCUCUGCUUGACGGCUACCUGCUCACCAACAUCCAACGUGCAGCGGCGCCAUGGAGAAGGUUGAACCUCUCCCAGUAUCUGUCGCUAUGAUCGAAGAGGCGGCGGCAUACUUGGGUGCUUCCGAGAGUUUGUCUUUCCGCAAGGAGAGUGAGCUUGCCGAUUCCCAAGCGUUCUCCCUCAUUCGAGAGCGAUACUUCUCUACGUGGACAACGAGCCUAAUGGGCGCCGACCUCGACCGGCUGGAGAAACUCUCUCGGGAUACCGAUUUGCGGAGUCUGGUCAAGACAAUCGUCAUUCAAGAUGACUGUGAGAAGAACGACCCUUGGAAUUGUGUGUACCCUUUCCAGAGCGACGUCAUAUGGCCUGGAGAUGAGGACGGCAACAUACUGUCUGAGCAGAUUGGCGUACAAAACCUCAGAGCCAUGCUCUUGGACAGAAGACUGUGCCCGGAAAUCAUCAGGAUCCGCGAUUAUCGCAUCAGUCCCUCAAAUCUUUACUACUGCCCGGAGGAUCACAAUCGUAAAGCCUACCGAACUGCUGGUUAUGGACAAGACGCCACGGCAGUCGCUUUGUUUGCAAGGGAUAUCAUUCAAGGUCUGGGACAUGGUGUAAUCGAUGUCAAGAUGCUGCGGCAAUCAACUGAAAACCUGCGGGAACUCUCGUAUUUCAAAAAUCCGGACGCCCCUACUGGCAUGUCUUUAGGCUCAUCGUUGGUGAUUGAAGUAACGAUUUGCUUUUCAACAGAGUUUCGAGGAUGCCAUACCGGACAUUUUCCAAUGCUGCGCUCGGCAGAAAUAUUGGCUGCUCCAUACUGGGUUGAGAAGAUGUUGUAUCACGCCCCGUUGCUUGAGAACCUCACUAUAUCACCUCGCGCUUCUUGGGACGACCUGCUUUCUUCUCGUCCGGUACCACUCCAACUCAAGCAGCUCAGCAUCGGCAGUUCAACCAUCCAUGCAGAUACUCUACAUGCAGUUUUGUCUGGUUCCGUCCACACCCUACGUUCAAUCUCCUUUGAGCAGGUCACACUCAAAGAAGGAUCUGAUUGGCGGGACCUUCUAUCCAGCUUCCGAACCUUCAAGCAUCUCACAUCGUUCCACAUCAAAUUUUUGUGGCACGAAGGAUCUCGCAAACUCCCAAUCGACUUUAUAGGCUUCAGCAAGGCUGAUGUCCCAGAGCAAUGUCAAUCAGGUCUGGAUUGGAAAGUGAGGGGGCUUGCAGACGAUCCUCGGAUUUCAUUGAUAGACUACCAGGGCCCAGAUGCUGGGGAAGUACUCUCUCGUCUUGCUCCACAUGCGAAAGUAAGAUUGCCAUAUACUGCCGAAUUUCUGGCCGCUUACAGUCUUAUGACUGCACAAAAUACCUCAGACUCUACACUACAAAAAGAAUGAUCCAAUCACUGAAGGAAGCUUGGAAGCUCCAAUGGGUAUUUGCAGCAAAGCGAGUAAGGCACCGGCCAACGCACUUCCCAAUCCAGCAGCUGCUCCGACAUCGGCAAG